AUGGCUCUGCCGAGAGCCACCUGCUGCCAGAACUCGUGUGAUAAGCCGCUCGAGAGCCACUAUAAAGCUCUGGAUGCGAUCCACGGAGGUCACAAACCACUCGAGAUUCAAACAGAGCUGAAAGUCAGCCACAGUCGAGCUUUUACCAUGAUUCUAAUCCUGCUGCAAGUUCUUGCCAUCCUUGGUCAUGGAGUAGUGGCCCAGAAAAGCUCGCCCAUUGCCAACUGGCAAAUGGGUGAUCCGCAUUACACAAGUGACCAGUACGCCAAGAUCCUGGGCGAAGCGGGCCUGGGCCAGGAUGCGGAUGACAAGGAGCACAAGGGUCUGGGUCCCAUGCAAAUUCAGUACGUGGACUAUCAGCCAAAUUGCCAGCCAGGCGGCGUGCCAGUGUGUGCCACCAAUGGCACCGAUAGCUUCUACUUCGAGAACAACUGCCGCUUGGAGGCGGCCAACAUGAAGAUGCUCUUCCAGCACGGCACAGAACUGGAGCCCACGGAGAUAGAGCGCUGCCUGCCCACCUGCCAGACGAUGAAGUGCACCCAGGUGGCGCGUCCAGUUUGCGCGCUGGCGGAGAUUGCAGGCGCUGUGCCCCAAACUUUUGCCAACGAGUGCGAGAUGCGACGACGCGAGUGCCACACCAAACAGGUCCUGCGAAUCCUGCACACGGGUCCUUGUCAGACGCCAACCAAAAGUGGGCACAAAAAGAAACUGCGUCGCAACAAGAAAAAGCGACCCCUAAAGAACGCCUCCAUUUCCAAGUUCGCCACCAUCCCGAAGAAGGUAUACGUAAUGCUGGCCACUCCUGCUCCUCGGCGCAGCAGCACCACACCCAGGAGGACCGCCGUCACCACGACCACCACCAGGAUUACGACGACGCCCAGGAUGAGGCCCACCAAACAGACCAGCACAAGUCCCUCGCCCAUGCAAUUCCAGCAGCUGAUGAACCUGGCCAAUCCCAUGGUCUCCGUUUCCCAGGCCGUGGAUGCCUACAAUGUGUACAAUAUACCCGAUGUGGGUCACGAUUACGGCGAGAUAACCGACUCCUCGCUCUCCAUGUUUUUGCCCGAAGUUGGUCGUGUCACGGAACCGCAUCCCAUGCCCAGUAGAACCACUAGCACCACUAGCACCAGCACCACUACCUCCACCACCUCCACCACAACACCCAAGCCCGUUUUAGCCGCAACCAGGAUCAUCAAUCCUUGGAGCACCAGCACUGUUCAAUCCUUUCUGUCUGUUCGGAUGCCCAGCACCACCGAGAUGGGCGAAGAAACCACCAUGGAAAACUCGGAGGCGAUUACACAGGCAAUGAGCACCACUCAAAAAUCCACGGCAGUUGUACAAACCAAAGUACUUUAGAAACUAUGUAAAAAUAAACAUAAUAUUUAUUA